CGGGGCGAGCGGUGGUGGCUCGGCGGACACGCCCCCUCGCCCGCGGCCCCCUCCCCGCCUCUCUCCGCCGCUUCUCUAGCUCCCCGGUCAGAGGGCCGGAGCGAGAAGAUGGCGAAGACGUACGAUUAUCUGUUCAAGCUUCUGCUGAUCGGAGACUCGGGGGUGGGCAAGACUUGCCUCCUAUUCCGCUUCUCCGAGGACGCCUUCAACACCACCUUCAUCUCCACCAUCGGAAUUGAUUUUAAAAUCAGAACGAUAGAACUAGAUGGAAAGAAAAUUAAGCUUCAGAUAUGGGACACAGCGGGUCAGGAAAGAUUUCGAACCAUCACAACGGCAUACUAUAGAGGAGCCAUGGGGAUUAUGCUGGUGUAUGACAUCACAAAUGAAAAGUCCUUUGACAAUAUUAAAAACUGGAUAAGAAACAUUGAAGAGCAUGCCUCUUCAGACGUUGAAAGAAUGAUCCUGGGUAACAAAUGUGAUAUGAAUGACAAAAGACAAGUGUCAAAAGAAAGAGGAGAGAAGUUAGCAAUUGACUACGGGAUUAAAUUCUUGGAGACAAGUGCAAAAUCCAGUACAAAUGUAGAAGAGGCAUUUUUUACGCUUGCACGAGAUAUAAUGACAAAACUCAACAGAAAAAUGAAUGACAGCAAUUCAUCAGGGGCAGGUGGACCAGUGAAAAUAACAGAAAACCGAUCAAAGAAGACCAGUUUCUUCCGUUGCUCGCUACUUUGAUGAACUCUUUCUGAGAGACUGCAGCACACCUACAGGACUCUUUCCUGCUUCUCUGAAAGCACAGGUCAGCCAGCCUCAGAACCACACCGCCCGGCUGCUGCGGAGAACACCACUGAACCUAGACUUCUCGACACAGAAGGCCACGUGGGUCCCGGCCUCGUGGCCUGGCAAGAUAACAGGCUCCUUUUUUCAAACAUGGAAGCAAUGAAGUGGAGACAUACGCAGGACUUAACUUGUUUUUUUCUUUGGUUUGUCCCGGAAGCUGCUAUCUUUCUUUUUCACUUUGCACAUCGGUGUUAGCCUGUCCCUGCUACAGCACAGUCUCAGACUCGUAUCUGCACACUUUUGCCUUGUAAAGUUCCAGACAAACUUGUGUACUUUUGAUAAAAGCAAAACAUUUAAAGCAGAGAUUAAUAUGCUCAAAUUAAAAGAUGUUUGGUCUGGUUCAUGUGGCCAAAUGUUAUUGCAUUGAUAGAAUUUUUUUAAGGGUUCUAGUUUGUGAUUUCCUUCCAUAAGAAUCAUUAAAUUCUGAUAAAAUUUAUCUUAAAAAUUCAUAAAGAUGUCCAUCUGUUCAUCGGAGGCCACAUUUAUUUCUCCAGAUUGUUUAGAACCUUGCUUCAUUCUGGCCUUUUUGCCAGAGAGUUUUGGGGAAUAAAUCACUUUUUCAGUUGAUUACCUCCACCUCAUCUAUAGAAGCUACAUUUGGAAAUCACCUUAAGCUCACUUUUCCUGGGGCUUGUAUUUACUGUUCUUUCCUAUGUUUGACCCAUUGUAACCACUCAGUUAUCUAAACCAUAACAUAUUUGAACAUUGUUGUCUAUUUCUAAUUGUGAACUUCUUGAGCUGAAAUUUUAUACAGGCAGAGAGAUGUACCAUUUAGGUUUUAUUUCAUCAUCUUACUGUGAUUCUUUCCCAUCAGCAUAUGUAAUGUAUUUUUUUCUUAGGUUCGCUCUCUAGCUUGCUGGUUUCAUUUGUAAUACCCAAUCCCUACCGUAAUCCCUGUCUGCAAGAGUUAACAAGAAUUAGAUGUAGACCUUUGUUCGUAGAAAGCUUACCUAUAGGGAGAGAGAUUAACUUGUUGAUAUAAAUUUAAUAGAGAUAGCUCUUGGUGAUGGUAAACAUAAUGAUUUUUUGUUCUGUUUUUAUUUGGGUGUUUUUUUUUUUUUUAAAUAAAGGUAGUUAGGCCUAGACCUAGUGCAGCCUCUAGGAAAAGUCUUGCCUUUUUGUUAGAGAAAAUAUGAGUAAGGUUUCCAUUCUAAAACAGCUGUUGUUGGAUGUGUAGAACCCAGUUCCGUCUGUUUAGGUUCGUUGUUACAGAACUUGGUCCAGCCAUUUGGGCCACAGCCAGCCAAGAACUUAGCGGCCUUUCUCACCAGACACUUGGUACUGGUAUACCUUUUGUAGAUGAAACCUUCACAUAAGGGGAAAAAAAAAGUAUUUAGUGUUAACUUAUGUGC